CCCCAGUUACUGAUUCUGCUGAGUGGUGGAAGAUCAUUUGAUAAUGUUGACACACCGGCCUCGGCCCUGAAGGAGCUGGGAGUGCUUAUCUUUGGGAUAGGGUCAAGGAGCUCAGACAGCAGGGAGCUCCAGAGGAUCUCCCAUGAGCCUAGUUAUGCACUCUCAGUAAGUGACUUUGCUGACCUUCCCAGUGUCCAACAGCAGCUUUUCAGCAACAUUGACACAGUAUUUGUAGAGGGCACGUCUACCACUACCACGACGAUAGGUAAGAAAAAAACAAACAAACAUGCUUCCUCUCAGCUUUUAUGUUUGUAGUGAGGUGUGCUUUGCCUGUAGUUCUAAUGAGUUGCAGAAGGAAAAGUAUUUCUUCCUGAGUUGUAAAACUUUGCGCGAGGUGAGAUGAUAUCGAAAAACACAGAAAGCACGAUUAAUGGAAAAGCAUCUACUACUGUGUAAUGCAAUAUGCUUUUUAUUUUUCCUUACAAUGUCCCCCAUCUGACCCAUGACUGUUAUUUCUUAGCUGAGGGCGGUAGGCAGAGGAGAGAUGUUGUCUUCCUGCUGGAUGGAUCGGAUGGCACUAGGAAUGGGUUCCCAGCAAUGAAAGAGUUUGUGCAAAGAAUGGUGGAGAGAUUGGACAUAACUGAGAACAGAGAUCGCGUUUCUGUGGUCCAGUACAGCAGAGACGCAGAGGUGCAUUUCUAUCUUAACACGUACACGACAAAGGAAGACAUUCUCGACGGUGUCAGAAGUCUGAGGCACAAAGGAGGCAGACCCCUCUACACGGGGGCAGGUCUCCAGUACGUCAGAGACAAUGUCUUUACCGCCUCCUCCGGCAGCAGGCGGCUGGAGGGUGUGCCGCAGAUACUGGUUUUGCUUAGCGGGGGAAGGUCAUCUGACAGUGUUGAUGCAGCAGCCUCCUCUCUGAAAGAGCUUGGAGUUUUGACCUUUGGAAUAGGAUCGAGGGGCUCUGAUAGCAGAGAAUUGCAGAAAAUUUCUUACGACCCCAAUUAUGCUCUGACAGUGUCAGACUUCAGUGAGCUUCCAAAAGUCCAAGAGCAGCUGCUGGCCUCUGUCCAGGCUGUUCCAAUUCCCAUCACUCCAACUUCACCACCUGUAACCGGUACGUGCAUGGCAGAACUGAAUAGUACGCUGUGUCUCGUCUUUCUACUUAAUGUCCCUCCUUUUUUCUUUUCUUUCCUUUUUUUUGCCUUUGUUUUGUGAGCAGUGGGAAUGUUAGCCAGAGCUUAGACUGUUAAUGAGGUGGUGAUCUGAUAUGACAUUCUGAAGGUUAAUGAACGUUAUUGACAUUACUUGGCGUUAAUGAUGCUGUUCUUCCCCCCUCCUAGCUGUUUACACCACACCCAGAAAGGACGUGGUGUUUCUUCUGGACGGUUCAGAUGGCACUAGGAAUUCUUUCCC